UCACUGGUCCACGACAUAAUGUACAGCAGCGAAAACAAUGUACUGGUUGGUCUGCAAGACGGUAAAGUGAUUGUUUGGUGCUGUCCAAGUAUUGCAUUCAUCGAAAAGGAUAUUGCACCGUUAGCUGUAAUCGAAAAAAGCGAUUCGAACAUCGAGAAAACUCACCAAAUUUUGGGCAUAAACCGAUGCCAAAUCUGUGUUCGCAGAAUCGACGGUUGCGUCUUAUACUAUAGCGUUGCAACGUUUCUUUGGUCGUUGUAUGAAUUUUGUUCAAAGGACCAAUGGAGUAGCGCCGUGCGAUUGUGUCGUUUGGCAAACCUCGAUCACCUAUGGGCAACUUUGGCCUGCCUAUCUUUGCAAAGGAAAAACUUUUGCGUCGCAGAGACAGCCUAUGCGGAGCUCAAUCAGAUAGUGAAAUUGAAAUUCAUCAAGAGAUGCCGUUCGAUCACUGACGGCGUACAGCUGUCAGCGGAAGCAAUGCUUUUGUCUGGAGACAUCAACGGGGCAGAACAAAUUUAUCUGCAUAACAAAUUAAUUCUUCAGGCGGUCAUGCUAAAUAUAAUUUACCAACAAUGGGAACAUGCACUCGACCUUGCGAUGAGAUACGAAAAAUAUCAAGCCAUUGUGAUUGGCUUCAGGCAACAGUACUUGGAGGAAAACAACUGCAGCGAGAGUAUUGCUAAGUUUUUGGAGAUAAAUGAUGAGGUUUCUCUGCUGGGGCAUUUAACUGCUUCGCUUCAUCCGAAGGAUUUCUGUCUGGAGCAAGCGACAAAAUUGCAGUUGCCUGACAGACGUGACGGUGAACGAGUGCUGGCGACGUGCCGCCUGUGCCUAUUUGCUGCCACCUCUGGCAAAAGAUGA